AUGUUAAAUCCAAAAAAAGGAGAAUUCAUGGUUGAUACUGCUUCUGGUUCUUGUGGUUUCCCAGUUCACAACAUCUUUUAUAUUUUUAAUUCACUUUUACAUGGCGUGACCGACAAAGAGAAAGAUGAUAUUGAAAAAAUAUUUGGAAUUGAUUUUGAUGAGAAAGUUGUGCGAGUAGCUAGAACCUUAAAUUUAAUUGCUGGAGAUGGCAAUACCAAUGUGUUGCAUUUAAACACCCUUGACUAUGAUAGAUGGAACGAAAACUCAGAAAAGUUUUUGUUUAAUGUUCUAAUGGCCAAUCCUCCUUUUGCGGGAGAUAUUAAAGAGUCAAGAAUUAUCCAUAAAUAUGAAUUAGGUUAUAAACAAAAAGGUGACAAAAAAGAACCAAAAAAACAAGUAGGAAGAGAUAUUUUAUUUAUUGAGAGAAAUUUAGAUUUUCUAAAACCGGGAGGGAGAAUGGCAAUAGUUUUGCCACAAGGAAGAUUCAAUAAUUCAACAGAUAAAGAGAUUCGUAAAUUUAUCGCUACUAGAGCAAGAAUUAUUGCGGUUAAUGGUGAAUUAUGUCCUAAGUUAGAAGAUUACCCAAUUUUUUUUGCUGUAUCCGAAAAAGGAGGUAAAGAUAAUUCCGGAGAAUAUAUUUAUAAGAAAGAUGAAUUAGGCAAGCCUAAAAUAGAUGGAAACGGACAUUUGAUUGUUGAUAAUGACUUGUAUAAUCAUGCACUUAAUGAUGACAAUGAUUCGAAGGAACUUAAUGAUGGGAUUGCUGAAGAAUUUAUAAAAUGA